AUGCCGUUACCCUCUAAAGAAUCUUUACGUCGGCGAAGCUCUGAGGAUAGUGUCGAAUGGUUCCAACGUCGAAUUGCUGCCGUUCCCGGUUUUGAAGUGUUACGUGCUGCUGAGAUUUGGUGGGAUCAGCGAUAUGAUUGGCUUGAAGAGAAAGGGUACAUGAUGAGACCGAGAUAUCGACCAGGUUGGAAAGCUUCAUGGCUGGACAAACCACACUCUUUUCAAUGCGCGGAGGAUGCUGAGUGUACCGUAAUCCUACCUUCAUUAAGAUAUAUCAUUGAUAUCACUCAAAAGUACAGAUGUAUGGAUGCCCGCCGAACGUCCGACUCACAAGUGGUGGCUUUGAAACGCGUAAAGUCUUCUUCGGACGAAGCACGAAUUUCCAAGAUGUUUUCAAGCCAGAAACAUGCUGAAAAUCCGGCAAACCACUGUAUACCACUUCUCGAUGUGCUGCAAGUACCCGAGUCCGAUGAAGUUGUUCUGGUCAUGCGGUGGAUGUGCCCAGUAAAUGAUCCACCCUUUCGAACUAUCGGAGAGGUAUUGCAAUUCUUCCAAGAGAUCCUACAGGUCACUGUUCUUCCUUUAGAUUGUUCCAUCAAUAUGGUUAUGGAUGCUGGUACAAUGUAUAGUGACCAGUAUCAUCCCGUGAACUUGAGUAUGAAGUAUGACUGGAGUGGCGAGGCUUCCUACGAAUCGCGAACUUGUCACCCUCCGAGAUACUAUUUAAUUGACUUUGGAUUCUCUAACAUAUAUGAUCCGGGCGAAGAACGACCACCAGAGGAACCCAUUAUGUCGGGUGGAUAUAUGCCUCCGGAAGGAGAAAGCGACACCCUCUGCGAUUCAUUCAUGACGGACGUGUUUUUGGUAGGGAAUAUGAUGUUGAAACAUUUUAUUGACGUGAAUACUUCGGAUUUGAGGUCUCAAUUUGGUAUUCGUGGUCUGAGAUUCUUGAGACCGCUUGUGAAGGACAUGGUUCGGUUUAAUCCAUCGAAAAGGCCAACCAUCGACGAAGUAGUAAAUAGAUUUACAGCACUGGUCAAGAAGAUUCCUCCGAGACAGCUGCGAUCUCGAGCUAUCAGUAUGGAAAUCCCUUUUAUCCUCGUCCCGUUCUUUGCGCUAAGUUCCGAAUACAAAUCCUGGACGCGCUCAGCUAUACGUACUGGCAAGCCAACUAUUCCUUCGCGCGUUUCGUGA